UUCUUCUCUACUCUACAACUAGUAGUUCUCUCAGUGUCGGAGAGAAGAAGAAAAAGAGAAGCGUACGUUGAGCAGGGCUCAGUUUCUCAGUUCUCGAGAGUUAAUCGAGUCGCGAACACGCUUUGAAGUGAUUCUUAAUUUUUAAUUUACAUACUUCCGGGAACAAAAAGAAUAAGUGAAGCGAAAAAGAAAAGAAAAAAUUUUUUAAAAUGGAUUGUUUUAAUGAUAUUGAGGAUUUUUAUAUAGUUUAUGAACAAACUUAAUUUUUUAAAGGUGAUUUUUCGUGAAUUUUUUUCUUUGCAAAGUUGAUCACAAAAUAUAAAUAACCAUGAACACGCAUUAUCAAACUUUUUUAACUUGCUUCCUCUCAAUAAUCUCCGUUUCAUUAACCGAAAGAGAACACAAGGUACAUAACAUUGUGUUGUACCCGGAGAAACAUUCUUGGUGUAAAACGACGAAAAUCGAACAAAUCGUGACAAUGCCCGGUUACGAACCGAUGACGAUCGAGAAUAACGUUUGCGUUGGGGCCUGUUACAGCUAUUCGAUACCUAGAACUCAGCCCGCUGAGCCUGGGGAAUUAAUCGGACCAUAUUGUGACAGCUGCCAACCUGCUAAAUCAGAUUGUUAUCAUGUUACAUUAAAAGCAGACAAUAAAAAUUCAGGUCCACCAACAGCAAAAAAAUACGUUCAAAUAAUAACAAAUUGUAGCUGUCAAUCAUGUUCGAAAAUGCAAGAAACCGAUUGCGAAGUUUUGGAAGAAAAAACUUCGGAGCUUCCAUCAGAUUUAUUUAGUACACCGAUCGAUGGAAAUUUCACUUUAUUAAAUUCAACUGUAAAACAUAAAAUAAGCGAGGACGUUCCCGAAUUAUUAAACAUCGAUCAAUUAAAUGUAACAUCACCGAAUUUAGAGCCGUUAAACGAAGAUGUUAACGCUGUUUUGCGCAAAAAAUUAAUUCAAUCUUUAUCGGUAACGAUUAAAAAUUUCGAUUUGACAACAAUCGAUGAUUUAAAAAAAGAACAGGUUUUAAAACAGCUUAUUUUUGCGUUGGAAGAUGGGAAAAAUAAGUUUUCCGAUGAUAAUUUGUUGGCGUUGUUUACAUCGGCGAGUACGGAACAUGUUGAUUUAAAAAAAAUUAAAGAUAUUCUGUUUAUAGUGAAGGAACAAAGAGAAUUGUUGGAGAAGCAUCGAAAUUUUGGGAUUUUAGGAAAUUUCGUGCCAAUUAUUAACGAUAAUAAUAACAAUAAAAUUAAGCAAAGUGAAAAUUUUGGCGGGUUAAAAAAUUUGAAUCUUUAUAAAGGGGGUCAUUUAGGGUUGGGGAUUCAACAGCAAUCGGUUGAGACUAACUUUAUUCCGGAAUCGAGUCAUAAACACCAUCAUUAUAUAGGUGAGGUUAUACAAAACGUUGGGGUUAAUCCGGGACAUCUUAGUAAGGGUCCACAUGGUUCUUUGGUGGUCGUCCCCCAAGUUAAAGUUAAAAAGAAUGAGGAGGGGUUGAUUAUGCAAUACGAAUAAUUUAAUUUAUUUAUAACAAACAGAUUUCUUGUAUAUUUUCUUUGUUAAUUAUUAAAAGAACACAAUUAUACAGCAAAUACCAAUUUACUGUGUAGAAAGUUAAUUUCUUUUGUUAAAAAGGGUUUAAGGGUUAAGGCACAGCUUAAUUGAUGGUGUAAAAUAAAUUAUUAUUUAAAGUAGGGCUGUGUAAAAUCUGUAUUAGUCACUAAACAAAAUAAUCUUGUUAAUAAUAUUAUCUUUUCUAUUUCUUGUUAUUUUUUAAGUAAUAUAUAAUUAAAUAAAAUAAUUAA